GCAUAUGCACUACAAUUACCAAGAUGCAUUGCGAACUGUCCUUCUCAUGUGACCGGAAGUCGAGAAGCUGAACGAGAAGUGUGUCCUUGGAGCGGAGAAAAUGGCAUCCGCAGCAUUGAGGAUUCUUAAGGUUGCCACCAAAGCCGGCCUGGCUGGGGGAGCCGUGUAUGUGGCGUAUGACCAGGGGCUGCUGGGAAGUGGCACACAAGGAGAGGAGGUGCUGAAGAAGACCACAGCUGCCAUACCGCCUGCCGUUCAGGAAUGGGCUAAUUACUUCGGCUGGCAGAUCCCGUCUGCACCAAAAUUAGACUUCUCCAUCUGUGAGUCCUGGAAUUGGGGUGUUCAAAAGUCUGUGUCUGCGCUCUCAUCUGCCCCAAGCAAGACUUGUGAAUAUACAGCAGAAGGAUGGAAAUAUAUAAAAGAGCUAGUGAAGUGACUUGUAUAAAUGUAAUUAAAAAAAUAAAUAAAACCCUAUUUAUAUAC